AUGGCUUCAAGAUUCCUCGCUGUCCUCGCUCUUGCGAUCUUCCCUACUCUGUCCAUCGCAGCCGCGAUUCCAGAGGCGAUCGCGCCCGCCAUCGUUCCGGGUGCUGACAUUGUGGGAGGCUCUGCCGCCGUUGCUGGCCAGUUUCCUUCCCAAGUCGCCCUGCUCGUCGGCAGUUCUCUGUUCUGCGGCGGUGUCUUGAUCAACUCCCGAACGGUUUUGACUGCUGCCCACUGCUCCGUCGACUAUGCUGCAUCUGCUGUCACCGUCCGAGCCGGUUCGCUCCGAUACGCAUCAGGCGGAACUCUCGUUAGGGUCUCCAGGAUCCUCGUCCACCCCAGCUACAACGAAAACACCUUCGACAACGACGUCGCCCUUUGGACUCUCACAACCGCUAUUCCCAGCAGCAGCACUAUCGGGUACGCCACCCUCCCCGCUCCGGGCUCCGACCCCGCCGCCGGCGUGAGCACCACCGUCUCGGGCUGGGGCCUGACAUCCGAGUCGGGAUCGACGCUCCCGGCCUCGCUCCGCUACGUGGCCGUGCCGGUCGUGUCCCGCGCCAGCUGCCGCAGCGCGUACGGCACCUCGGCCGUCACCACCAACAUGUUCUGCGCGGCCGCCUCCGGCAAGGACUCCUGCUCCGGUGACUCCGGCGGACCCAUCGUCGUCACCAGCACCGGCGUCUUGGCCGGGACGGUCAGCUGGGGCCAGGGAUGUGCCGAGCCCGGGUACGCGGGCGUCUACUCCCGAAUCGGCAACUACGUGACCUGGAUCAACGCCAACAAGGCGUAG